AUAGCUAUUCAACCGGAUAUGGAUGGGUCCGAUGAAGAGAAACAUUACUGAGGUCGCUAGCGACCAUGGAGUUCACGGGAAAUGCGUUACACCUCCUGAGAUCUGGUCAAAUCGGGCAGCAGGGGGAAAGAAGGAAUACCUCACAUGUCUGCCGCAAGGAACAGACAUUUUGUUUGUCAGUUUCUUGAGCGGAUCCCAGGCCCUGUAUUGCCUCGCAUGCAGUCACCGAAAGUUGGCUAAGUAUGUGUGUUAUGUCGACAGGCUGAAUAAUCUUCAGAAAGGCCGAUUGAAAGCGCUUGCUCGUCAUUUUAAGUCUUACUCUUUGAACGGUGCUCGCUAUCAUGACCAACAUAUCUGCAACGGUCCUGCCAAAUAUACCGCGCGAGAGCUUCCGCUCCUUAAAAAGCUACACUUCUCGGGGCAAAUGGAGUGGAACUCUGGGCUCCUCCGCCUUUUUCUCAAUUCGAUUCUAUUGACACCCGGUACCGCUUGCGUCAAUAUGCCGACUUUGGAGUGUCUUGAUUUAUCGGAGACAGUCAUGACCUCUGUUGUCCUUCAUCUUCUCCUUGAAAAGAUUGCAAAGCGGCCUCAUCUGCAUACAUUGCUCCUGCCCGACAUGCGGGAGACUGCGUACGGAACGGCGAAUUUCGUCCGAUCCAUCCCUUUCAUCCGCGAAGUUGGUAAUCGCCACGGUGUUGGCCUUCACUACCUUCGAGAAAUAAUUGACAAGCUCCGGCUCGGUGAGCAUCAUCAUGAGGGGCUUCUACAGCCAGCGCCGCUGGAAAAGCUUGACUUCGCCUGUAGGAGAGGGGAGGUGAAGCUCGGGCAAUACAGGGUAGCAUGUCGGACACUACUCGAUAUGGUCAAGCUGUUAGGAGCCAGGGCUUUGUUUCCCAGGUUACGGGUCUUGCGCCUGGACUGCCCUCCUUUGGAUUUCAAGGGACUAUAUAGAGACGUUUCAAUAACGCUGUGUAAAAAUGCCGGACCGUAUUUCAUGAGGGGUGCGGUGGCGGGUUUAGAGGAGCUGUGCUUGCGAAACACGGAGAACAUGGGCAUGACAGCUUCAGACCUCAUUGGUAUGACGAAGGCAAUGGCGAGGGGUCCCGUUGCAAAUUUCAAGGCGAUGCAAGUACUUCGUCUUCAUGGCUUUGUCAGCGGUGAGUUUCACCUCGCCCUCGCCCUGGUCACGGCAUUUACCGGCAUGCGCAAUCCCCGCGACGGCCGAUGGCACAGCUUGCGUAUCUUAGACCUGACCAAUAACCUCCUUGGGGAUAUUGCCUUAGAGACGCUGGCGGAGAGCAUCGGAAAGGGAGUCUUUGGGCCGGCGCUGCAGGAGUUGGACCUCUCCCUGUCCCAGGGCGUGCGUCGCACGCAGCAAACCACGAUAGGCCCCGCCGGCAUCCGGGCGCUGGUCAUGGCACUCAAGGCUCGUGGGGACGCGGGGGAGGAGAUCUGUCUCAAACGCUUGCACCUAGGGGGGCAGGAGAUCGGGGAUGAGGGGGUGGCGGAGCUGGCGAGAGGCUGGUGUUUACGAGGCUUUUGCUGUUGGAAGGCUUUGGAGGAAGUGAAACUGAACGAGAACGGCAUCACGGACGAAGGAUUUUGGCAUUUGAUGGCGGGGGUGACCCCGUGCGUGGAAGAGGAGAUGGAAGAGUCGGAGGAGGAAGCCCCCCCGACAUCGCUUCGAAGAGGGAAAUGGCCAGUCCUUCGACGCCUGGUUCUGGAGCGAAAUUUGAUCAUGGGCGGUGAGGAUCUCUGCAAACGUGUCCGCUCGUUCUUUGCGUGCCAGAUGCUGGAUGCUUGUCCGACGGCACUUCCGCUCAAGCGUUUAAAUUUGGCGCGAAACCCAUUGACGGCUGAAGGGCUUGGAACCUUUCUCUCUUGCUUAGGCCCUUCGCUGCGUGAGCUGAAAUUGGGGGGAAACACUAACAAAUCGAAUUACAACAACGCCAUGCUUCGCGAGUUGUGGAGACCUGUCUGCGAUGCUUUCGAAUGGAAAAACCUCGCACGGCUUUGGGAUGUGCGCCGGCUGGAUCUCCGAAAGUUGGAAAUGUCGCGGGAGGUGGUGGAGGAACUGGCGAGGGUCUUGCAGGAAGGGAGGCAGCUGACGCGUCUGUGUCAGCUGGAAUUGAGCCUCGCGGACAUUCGGAGGGAGCGAGAUGUGGCGGUGAUAGUGAACGAUCUCAAGAUUGCGAGGGGCCCGCGCCUUGUUUGGGAUGUGUUGACGAUCAAUUACCAGACAUGGAUUGAGCUGCGGGAACCAUGACAUGCGCAGACGAACCAGUCGAAAAAGGCGGUAGACGAAAUAAAAAUAAAUGAAGAGACCUGAAUGACA